AUGAAGUUCAACUUUGCAUAUGUAUUUUUAUUAUGCCUCAUUUCGUACGCUCAUGGACAUGAGACGGCUUCUGGUGGAUCGACAACUUAUGUUGAAUUAACAUCAGACUCAUUCCAUGACGUUGUAGGACAUGACCAAGGUGUAUUCGUGAAAUUUUAUGCGCCUUGGUGUGGUCACUGCAAAAACCUCGCACCCACGUGGGAAGACCUUGCAAAUGCUUUUGCUCACGUAAAAGACAAAGUUGUCAUCGCAAAACUUGACGCAGAUAAUUACAAGGAUGUGGGUUCAAAAUAUGGAGUAUCAGGUUAUCCAACCUUAAAAUGGUUUCCGCCGGGAGAGAGUGAUAAUCCCGAAACUUAUGAUGGAGGUCGUGAUCUUGAAUCGUUAGCUACAUUUGUCGAGCAAAAAUCCAAUACAAAGAAAAGGAUAAAGAAAGCUACGACGGCAGUUACUGUGUUGACUGCUUCGAACUUUGAUGGUAUUGUCUUAGACGAGAAGAAAAAUGUUUUGGUGGAGUUUUACGCCCCGUGGUGUGGUCACUGUAAGUCUCUGGCACCGACCUAUGAAAAAGUUGCUAAAACUUUUUCUCCAGAAUCAGAGUGUGUAGUAGCUAAUCUCGAUGCGACAGUCCAUAAAGAGUUGGGUGAAAAAUACGGUGUUAAAGGCUUUCCAACUAUCAAGUUCUUCCCGAAAGGUGAGGACAAGACUCCUAUCGAUUACGACAAAAGUCGAUCCGAAGAAGAUUUUGUCAAGUAUUUGAAUGAAAAGUGUGGAACCGAACGUCAGGUCGGAGGUGGACUGAAUGAAAAGGCCGGCAAGAUUCCAGAAUUAGAUGCUAUUGCUCUACGAUACAUUAAUGCAGUAUCGGAAGACUCGAUUGACAAGAUUUUGAAGGAGGCUGAGGAUGAGGCUGCAAGCAUAAACACCAAGCCUGCUAAAUAUUACGUUAAAGUAAUGGAAAAGAUAAAAGAGAAACCCGGAUAUGUAGACUCGGAAAUUUCCCGAUUGGAAAAGAUUCUCAAAUCGGGAACAAUAUCUGAAAAUAAGAUGGAUGAUUUUACUAUUAGAAAGAAUAUUCUUUCUAGUUUCACAAAGGGCCCUGGCCUAGUACAUCAAGAACUGUAG